CCAAACUCAGCCAUGGCGACUCCAAGAAUUUAUCUCUGCAAUGCCCACUGUCCUCCUCCUCAGCAGCCCUCAUUGCUUGUGUUCUCGGCAUUCUGACUAUGACUUCAUGAAGUUAUAUAGCCUUCUACAAACCUGGUUAUUUCAUGGGUGUCACCAAGGGAUCAGGUGGAACCGCAUUUAAUGGUGUUGUGGAGGAGCUCAAAAAGAUGACAACUCGGGUUGCUCAUGUUCUUCCUGUUUCUGAUGAUGGAGGAAGUACAGCUGAGAUUGUUCGGGUGCUUGGUGGUCCUGCUGUUGGUGACAUAAGAUCUAGAUGUUUGAGACUAUCAGAUAAAAGCACAUCUGAAGCCCUUGCUGUCAGGAGGUUGCUUGGCCGCCGUUUACCUCUGGAUUCACUGCAAGCCAAAUCAGAAUGGUAUAAAAUUGUUGAAGGGGAUCACAUCUUGUGGAAAGGGGUAUCAAAACCUUAUAGGGAGACAAUCCGUUCAUUCCUGGUGUAUUUUCACAAUCAGGUUCUCAUGCGUUCAAGUGAAGUAUUUAGUUUCAAGAAUGGCAGCAUAGGGAAUUUCUUCUUUGCGGGGGCACGCUUAUUCUUUCAGUCCUUAGAUGCUGCCAUCUUUUUGUUCUCACGUGUAUCAGAUAUUCCUACAGAGAGCCUCAUUCUUCCUGUGGUUUCUACCAAUGAUCGUCUUACUUUGGGAUGUGAAUUAUGGGAUGGAACGAUAAUUCGGGGUCAAAAUAAAAUAUCUCAUCCAACAAAUGAAUCCUUGGAGCCAGUUAAUAAGAUUCUGCUCGUAUCUUUGUUUGCUAUACUAAUUGACCAUGUGAUGGCUGAGAGGUUUACGGAAGAUCUGAUUUCCAAAUGUCAGGCGUGCUCUUCAUUUCAAUCUCUGACAUCCGGAAUAAAGCGUGUAUUCUACAUGUCAAGCGAGGGCACAAAUUUACUUCAUGAGGUCUUCCCUGCAGUCAAUUCUGCAGUUCUUGAGCAGUUGAGAAAAGUGGAUUGUAUCGUAUAUGCUAUGGGUUCUCUUUUUACUUCCAUCUGCCCUUCAUUGGUAUUGCUCGGUGUUGGUGAGAUUAUUUCCUCUCGAUACUGCCUCAAGGUCCUUCUGUUAAAUGGGUCGUAUGACAGAGAAACGGCAGGCUUGUGUGCUUCUGAUUUUGUUACCGCUAUAACAGAUGCUCUAAAUAGAACUCAUGGAAAUCCCCAAAACUGCCUCAAUAAUGCUCCUAGUGCAUACAUAAAUGCAUUGCUGGUGCCUAGAGAGGGGAAAAUUCCUGUAAACCUUCAAUCGUUGGCAGCUCAGGGAAUCGUACAUGUGGUAAAAGUUGACUCCAUAGAUGAUGUGACAGUUGGGAGCAUUUUUGAGCCCAGGUCCUUGAUCCAAGCUCUUGCUGAAUUAAUUCAUGCAUAUAAGCAUCUCAAUAACAGCAUGGAGGUUUAAAUCUCAUUACAGAACCUGGAAAAGCUAAUGCUACAACAAAAUUGGCAAUCACAAUUUUCAGUUCUGCCAUGUCCCCGUGUACAGGCAUUCAUAAUAUUCUUGGACAUGUGCCGUUCUCCAAUUUUCCAAUUUUUUGUCAUUUUUUUUCCUUCUUUUUAUUUUAUUGUACGAAUAAGUCAUUCAAAGGUUCUUUUCAAGUGUUGUAUCUACGGGUUGAUGUAUGGUUUGAAGUCUACAAAAAUAAUUUCAAAUUCUAAUUUAUUUUAUUUUGCAA